AUGGUGUGGAGAGCGCCGUUGCGAGUUGGGACGCAGUCCGUGAUAUUGCUCGGCCGCACUAUUUGUGGCCUGCUCGACGUAGGCCAUGCUACCGCCAAUGUCAUCGUGUGCCUGUCGCUGACCCUGUUUUGUUUGGGACUUGUCCUGCAGGCCUUAUCAAACGCCGCCGAUCCGUACAGGUGCCGGGCUCUCAUACGGCACGGCUCCUGGCCGCCAUACGCACCUCUAAAGGUCAAUGCCGCCGCAGACUAUGAGCAGCUCGAGACACUCCAGCGUGAGGGCCGCGAGCCGCCUCCGGCACGGCCGUUUGACAAGUGGGAGCCGGCCGGCUGCCGCAUGCACGAGUAUUCGCGAGACGACAUCCGUGAGUGUUUGGGUGGCAAGCGCGUGCUCUUUGUCGGCGACACGACCAUGCGUGUGCUCUUCUUUGCCGCAUUGACCCGGCUCGAGCACGAGGUGGCCGAAUGGCUUCUGCGAACGACAUUCACCGAGAGCAACCCCCGGCAUGACCUGGCCAUUGACUCGGAAACGGUCCACCUGCAUUUUAUUUGGGACCCGUGGCUGAACUCGACGGCGCUUGACGACGAGAUCCGUAUGAUGGAGCCCGGCGGCGACAAGCACGCUGGCACGGAAUUGAAGCCAGAUUUGGUCAUAAUAGGAUCGGUCGGACUCUGGGCUGCACGUAAUGCAGCGGACGACAAAUAUUUCGACACCUUUUGCACAACAACCGAUCGAGUGACCCGUGUCAUGGGUGACGAGGUGCGUCCUUUUGACGGACAACACUCUGCAAAUUACGUCUUUCUCGCGCCGGUCACGAUCCCCCGGUACGAGAUGCUUCGGCCUGGACGUGCCGAAGCGAUUUCGCCGGAUCGGAUCAAGCGCAUGAACAACUACCUCGCAAAUGUGUCACCCGCCGUACAGUCCCACAUUCUGACCUCUUACAACGAGAUGACCAACCACAUUCCCGAAGCCUAUGAGGACACGGGCUUGCAUGUCACUGCGUCCGUUGCGGAGCGGUGGAUCGAUAUCCCGCUGAACGCACGCUGCAAUGGACUACUUCUCGGGCGUCCUGCGGCCGAUCAGCCAGUGCCCAGCCUCGUCCAUACGACGACGUGCUGUGCCGCCUAUCCAACACCGGUCCGCGCACAGAGGCUACUCUGGUACAUCCUUUGCGCUGCCAUUUUUGUUCCCACCCUCAUAUUUGUUGUCAAAAGCCGAGCUGCCUUGUUGGCAUCCCAUUUAUCAUGCACAUUUGUUGGCCUUGCCGCCCUCUAUUGCUAUAUGGCCGAUCGCUCACAUGCCUUCGCCAAGUCAGAGAAGCACUACAAUGUGGGCUGGCUAUGCUUUGUUUCGGUCUUGUCGGUGAUUGUGUUCCUUGUUUACCAAAAAAGAUACGUCUGGAAAUUGAGAGGUCCGCCACCAACAUCGCCGCAUCGGCCAUCUUUGUCAGAGGUAGACUUUCUACCUCGACACAUUUCGAAUGAGUGGAAGGGCCUUAUGCAGGUUGCCGUUUUGCUCCUCGCAUACCAGGACACCACCCAAACGUCCAUUGUUGUCAAAUGGUCCGGAUUUUUCACUGCAUCGUAUCUUUUCCUGUCUGCAUUCGGUCAUGCGUCCUAUUUUCUGCGAGUAAACGACUUCUCGUUCCACCGAGUAGCGUCAGUUCUUUUUCGCCUUAAUAUCCUACCCUGCUUGCUGGCUCUUAUGCUAGACGGGCCCGAUAAGGGAACCGCAAACAGCGUGUCUCGUCUUUACUACUUCCCCCGCCUUAUAUCCUUUUGGUUUCUCAUCAUCUAUAUCACGCUACGAAUCGGUUCUCACACAAAUCGAAGUCAACCUCAUUUGCUAUUGCUCCGAAUUUGUGUAUCCGCCACUGUUCUCGUAUAUAUUGGCUUGCAUCCCGGGCCCUUCGGUCUUUUUGAGACGAUAAACAAGGCAGGCACAUAUUUGUUUGGCAAACGAACGACAUGGGCUGUCGAAGACAUGAGCGUGGCUGUCUAUACAAACUGGUGUGCGCCAUAUGUGGGUAUGGUGGUCGCCGUUGUCGCACAACGAGCCGCCAUUAUCUGCGAUCGAAUACAGCGCCAGCAGGAACAAGAACAAAUGCUUCUUUCUGGAAAAUUCUCCGAAUCAAGCGUACGUCCACAUACCAGUACUGGACCGAGCACCAACGGAGUCAGACUCUUCGAUGGUCGAGCCCGAGCCAACUCAACCAACAGCACCAACCCCGACUUCCGUAACUCGUUGCCAGACGAUGUACGUGUCCGAAACGCUGUUUGCCAGGACGCGGGGUGGUUGGACCGGGUGUUGAUCGCCGUGCUGUACCGGACUGAAUUUACUACCCCUAUCCAGACUAUGAUUGUCAUAUUCAGCUCCGUCUUCUUUUUCAUGUUUGCCAGCGCUACAUCCGUGUCGCCGCUUGUUGAAGGCGACACAUCGCAUCCCUACAUAACGAGUGUUGCGGUUGCCUGCUUCGCCGUUGUGCGGAACUGCCACAGCCAGCUGCGUGCAAGAUACAUGAUGGUGCCAGCGGCGUUGGGUGCCAUGGCUCUUGAACUAUUUGUCUUGCACAACCACAUCCUACUGUCUGGAAAUGGGACCGGCCACCUCCGACUCUUGUCCCUGUAUGCUCCCGCCGUUGAAGAAGGCGCUUCUUUCCUGGAGAAUGUCUCCAGAGCCAAGAUUGCGACCGUACAUUGCGUCGAGAUUGUUAGUAUCACCGUUAUUUUCUUACUUGUCGCUCGACACACAUACAAAUCUACCCGCUUUCUAAGUCUACUACUGUUCGGAGACCGUGCUGCGGAGUAUACGGGACAUUCGCCCUUACCUGCAAACAUGAGAGGCCCCGUCAUCGGCAUCGACGCCAGUAUAGCCGCAUUUGAUUCUGGACACUAUGAGCUCCCAGAGUAUGGCGAUGAGAGCUCUUUGACGGCGGCCAAGGAGCCGGCGGCCAUACACCUGAGUCCAACAACCUUGGGUGUUCAAAUCCGGGCAGCGAGUGUACUAUUUUUGCUAUGGGCCUUCAACCAGUUCUAUGUAUGA